GGUGUAAUCAAGGUGUUCCGAAUGAGUAAAUGUCCUUUAUUUUCCCUCACAUGCUGUAUACAAGUACGAAAGCUGUAAUCAAGGUGCUGCUAAUGAGUAGCUGUGCUUUAUUUUCCCUCACAUGCCAUAUAAAAGUACAAAAGCAAUCACUGGGUGUAAUCAAGGUGUUCCGAAUGAGUAAAUGUCUUUAUUUUCACAUGCUGUAUACAGUACGAAAGCAAUCACCAGGUGUAAUCAAGGUGCUCCGAAUGAGUAGCUGUGCUUUAUUUUCCCUCACAUGCCGUAUAAAAGUACAAAAGCAAUCACUGGGUGUAAUCAAGGUGUUCCGAAUGAGUAAAUGUCUUUUAUUUUCUCUCACAUGCCGUAUAAAAGUACGAAAGCAAUCACCAGGUGUAAUCAAGGUGUUCCGAAUGAGUAGCUGUCCUUUAUUUUCCCUCACAUGCCGUAUAAAAGUACGAAAGCAAUCACCAGGUGUAAUCAAGGUGUUCCGAAUGAGUAGCUGUCCUUUAUUUUCCCUCACAUGCCGUAUAAAAGUACGAAAGCAAUCACCAGGUGUAAUCAAGGUGUUCCGAAUGAGUAGCUGUGCUUUAUUUUCCCUCACAUGCCGUAUAAAAGUACGAAAAGCAAUCACCAGGUGUAAUCAAGGUGUUCCGAAUGAGUAGCUGUCCUUUAUUUUCCCUCACAUGCCGUAUACAAGUACGAAAGCAAUCACCAG